GCUAGCACUCCGCAGCAUGUCAGCGACGCGCAUUUAUUAUGCAGCGCCGUCGCGGCGCAGCUUGUCACUCGUGAAACAGCUGUGCAGGCUGCUAGCGACUCCCAGUGCUCGCUCCGCCAUGACGUCUACAGCCGACAAUCCAGCCAGCGCCUCGACGUACGUCGCCGAGGAAAGGGGCUCGCCCUACUCGCCGGACUACCGCGUGUUCUUUAGGGACGCCGCGGGGCCCGUCUCGCCGCUGCACGACAUCCCGCUGUGGGCCGACCGCGGCGCGCGCCUGGCGCACAUGGUGGUGGAGGUGCCGCGCUGGACCAACGCCAAGAUGGAGCUCAGCCUGGCCGAGCCCCUCAACCCCAUCCGCCAGGACACCAAGCGCGGCGCGCUGCGCUUCGUGGCCAACGUGUUCCCGCACCGCGGCUACAUCUGGAACUACGGCGCGCUGCCGCAGACGUGGGAGGACCCGCGCCACGUGGACGCGGCCACGCGCGCGCGCGGGGACAACGACCCCGUCGACGUCAUCGAGAUCGGCUCGCGCGUGGCGGCGCGCGGCGACGUGCUGCGCGUCAAGCUGCUGGGCGCGCUGGCGCUGCUGGACGAGGGCGAGACGGACUGGAAGCUGCUGGCCAUCGACGCGCAGGACCCCGCCGCCGCCGCGCUGGCCGGCCCGCGCGACGUGGAGGCGCUCUUCCCCGGCCUGCUGCGCGCCUCGGUGGAGUGGUUCCGCCUCUACAAGCUGCCCGACGGCAAGCCGCCCAACGCCUUCGCCUUCGACGCCGAGUUCCAGGACGCGGCCUUCGCGCACCGCGUGGUGGACGAGGUGCACGAGUCCUGGCGCGGCCUGAUGCGCGGCGACGCGCCCGACUCCGCGGACAUCUGCAAGAUGAACGUGAGCGUGUCGGACAGCGCGGCGCGGGUGCCGCGCGCGGAGGCGGCGCGCGUGCUGGGCGCCGCGCCGCCCGCCGCGCCGCCGCUGCCGCUGCCGCCGCACGUGGACAAGUGGCACUUCGUGUCGAGCCUGUAGGGCGACGUGCGGCGCGUGUGGCGUGGUGCGUGCGGUACGUGCGGCGCGUGUGGCGUGGUGCGUGCGGUACGUGCGGCG